AUGGGGCUGGGUCAACUCGCUUCUCGAGCCCUCCUACGAUCCUCCCGACUAACCACCGCCACCAGAACCUCCCACUUCCUCCGGACCAUCGUAUCCACGCCGGAGCUUCACAACUCCGAGGCUGCAGCGUCUCAAUCCCAGCCCGAACCAGAUCUCCCCAAGCGGAUCCCUGUGGGAGGUGCCCGGAUCCAUUUCCCCAACCCGGACGAUGCCAUUGAGGUAUUCGUCGAUGGGUACCCGGUCAAAAUCCCCAAGGGUAUGACAGUUCUCCAGGCCUGUGAGAUCGCUGGGGUCGACAUCCCGAGAUUCUGCUACCACAGUCGUCUAUCCAUCGCUGGGAACUGCCGUAUGUGCCUUGUUGAAGUAGAGAAGUCCCCCAAGCCCGUUGCCUCCUGUGCCAUGCCUGCUCUCCCGGGAAUGAAGAUUAAGACUGAUACGCCUAUUGCGAAGAAGGCAAGAGAAGGGGUGAUGGAGUUCUUAUUGAUGAAUCAUCCGUUGGACUGCCCAAUUUGUGAUCAGGGUGGAGAGUGCGAUCUCCAGGAUCAGUCUAUGGCAUUUGGCUCUGAUCGAGGUCGUUUCACUGAAAUGAAGAGAUCAGUAGUUGAUAAGAACCUAGGCCCAUUGGUCAAGACUGUGAUGACCCGUUGUAUUCAGUGUACAAGGUGUGUAAGGUUUGCAACAGAGGUAGCUGGCGUCCAGGAUCUUGGCAUGCUGGGGCGUGGCAGUGGAGAAGAAAUUGGAACUUAUGUUGAGAGACUUAUGACAAGUGAACUAUCAGGGAAUGUGAUAGAUAUUUGUCCUGUAGGAGCUCUCACCUCAAAACCUUUUGCUUUUAAAGCUCGAAACUGGGAGUUGAAGGGAACAGAGAGCAUUGAUGUCACAGAUGCUGUUGGUUCAAACAUUCGAAUUGAUAGUAGAGGUCCAGAGGUCAUGCGCAUUCUACCACGAUUGAAUGAGGACAUCAAUGAAGAAUGGAUAUCAGAUAAAACUCGUUUCUUUUAUGAUGGUCUGAAGAGGCAGAGGCUAAAUGACCCCAUGAUUCGAGGUGCAGAUGGGCGCUUCAAGACCGUAAGCUGGCGGGAUGCAUUUGCUGUGGUCGCAGAGGUCAUGCACCAAGCUAAACCAGAGGAAAUUGUAGGGGUUGCUGGUAAGCUGUCUGAUGCAGAAUCAAUGAUGGCACUAAAAGAUUUCUUGAACAAGAUGGGGUCAAAUAAUAUUUGGUGUGAAGGAAAUGGUUCAAAUCCUAAUGCUGACCUGCGUUCUGGAUAUAUCAUGAACACUACUAUCAGUGGUUUGGAGAAAGCAGAUGUUUUCCUUUUAGUUGGCACUCAGCCAAGGGUAGAAGCUGCUAUGGUGAACGCCAGGAUCCGGAAAACAGUUCGAGCAACCAAUGCUACAGUUGGUUACAUAGGCCCUGCUGCGGAUUUCAACUACGAUCACCAACAUCUUGGCACGGGCCCUCAAACGUUGAUAGAACUUGCUGAGGGACGCCUUCCCUUUUGCUCUGCCCUCUCAAAUGCUAAAAACCCAGUUAUCAUUGUUGGAGCUGGGAUCUUUGAGCGGAAGGACAAGGAUGCAAUUUUGUCAACUGUUGAAGCCAUUGCCAAAAAUGCAAAUGCUGUUAGACCUGAUUGGAAUGGACUUAAUAUGUUGCUACUUAAUGCUGCGCAAGCUGCAGCUCUGGACCUUGGACUUGUACCAGAAUCCGACAGAAGCAUUGAAUCUGCCAAAUUUCUCUAUUUGAUGGGUGCUGAUGAUUUGAACAUGGAGAAAGUUCCUGAUGAUGCGUUUGUCGUUUACCAAGGUCACCAUGGUGAUCGGAGUGUUUAUCGUGCCAAUGUGAUUUUCCCCUCAUCAGCUUUCGCUGAGAAAGAAGGGACAUACGCAAAUACAGAAGGAUGUGCUCAAACAACUGUACCUGCAGUCCCCACAGUCGGUGAUGCCAGGGAUGAUUGGAAAAUAAUUAGAGCAAUGUCGGAGGUGGCAGGUGCUCAGCUGCCUUAUGAUACCCUUAGUGCUAUCAGAUCCCGAAUAAGGACUGUGGCACCCAGUCUUUUGCAUACUGAUGAGAGAGAGCCAGCGACGUUUUCAACCUCUUACUUGAGACCCGAGAUCAAGGAGAAGAUGGAUAUGGCUCCAUUUGAACCUGCUGUUGAGAACUUCUACAUGACGGAUGCUGUCACAAGGGCGUCAAAGAUCAUGGCACAAUGCAGUGCAUUGUUGAUGAAGAAGUGA